GCAUCUAUUAUAAUACUGCGUGCGCGGGACGUCUGACGUAACGCCCGCGUGCGCUGGGCUGUUUCCGGUUCCGGGGGGCUCUUUCUCUUCUCUCCAGCGAGGCGGCCGGACGGCUGGGGGACACGCGCGCGCCAAGAUGCAGAUCUUCGUGAAAACCCUGACGGGCAAAACCAUCACCUUGGAGGUGGAGCCCAGCGACACCAUCGAGAAUGUCAAGGCCAAGAUCCAGGACAAGGAGGGUAUUCCUCCUGACCAACAGCGUCUGAUCUUUGCUGGGAAGCAGCUGGAGGAUGGGCGUACCCUCUCGGACUACAACAUCCAAAAAGAAUCCACUCUGCACUUGGUGCUGCGUUUGCGUGGAGGCAUCAUUGAGCCUUCCCUUCGCCAGCUCGCACAGAAGUACAACUGCGACAAAAUGAUCUGCCGCAAGUGCUACGCCCGCCUGCACCCUCGUGCUGUUAACUGCCGUAAGAAAAAGUGUGGCCACACCAACAAUCUGCGUCCCAAGAAGAAGGUCAAGUAGAGGGAGCACCUGUCUUCGGCCCGUGUGGCUGUGCGCUGUUGAAUUCAAGUUGGGUAGUCAGUCUGCUGCAAUGUAGCUUGGUCCUGUGUGAGGCAGGGGUGUGUUAAAUAAAUCUACUUCCAGUGCUCA